AGGGAACGGACCAUUCGACAGGUACGACGCAUGCGUACAGAGGCAAUGUUGUUACGAAAGUGAUUAUAUGUUUUUAACAUAAAUUGAACUUGCACGUUGAAGAAGGACACACAUACGGCGGCUAUAUGGCAGGAGAAGAUGGGGAGACUCAGACCAAGGGUCUGAGGCUGCUGGGGAUCCUGGAUGUCCAGAACACUCCUUGUGCCAGAGAGGCCAUCCUGCAUGGAGCCGGAGGCUCAGUAGCUGCUGGGCUGCUUUAUUUUCUGGCUACCAGUCGGGUGAAGAGGUCUUUUGACGUGGGAUUUGCGGGUUUUAUGGUCACCACACUCGGGUCCUGGUUUUAUUGCAGGAUGAACAACGCUAAGCUCCGUGUGCAGCAGAGGCUGAUACAGGAAGGCAUCAAAAACAAGGUCGCCUAUGAAGGAACCGUUAUGGACCCCACAAAAAAAGGCAAAGCAGAAGCACCUUCAGGCCCCUCGUGACCUCUAGCUCUUUUCCCCUCGGAGGACAAAAGAGAAUGCAGCUAGGGUAAACGGACUGAACUGAGUGUCUCUGAACAGAUGGACAACAUUAUUAGAAACAUUUUAUGGAUGUUUUUCUGUGUUGGAGUGUUAAGCAGCUCUUUCUCUGUUAUUGAAAUUCUUUCAUAAUCUGGAAGCACCAAAGCAAGACUGUUAGUUUCAUGUUCCAGUCCCCAACAUGAUGAUUUUGACUCAUUUUCACUGUAUCCUAAUGCUAAACUAAUAAAAGAAGUACUGAUUUUGUUUGUUUUAAAA